CGAAUUUUUCGCAGUCACACAGUAGUUCUACUAUAGUGUUCAUGGAGAGAUGAUGUGUAUCUCGGCACAAUAUUUUCAUCUUAACAGAAUACUUUUGCUGAUUAUAGGCUUGUGGCCAUAUCAACAAUCAAAACUCGAUCGACUUCGAUUUAUUUUUUUCCUUGGCAUUUUGACGACUGCUAUUUUAUUUCAAUUUACUACAUUUUUUAGUUCAAAAUGCACCGCUAACUUCAUUGUCAAAGUUCUAUCUAACGCGUGCUUUUUUAACAUUUAUGAUACAUUAUAUCUUUUUGCCAUUAAUAUCAAAACUGUGAAAGAUUUAUUGACACAACUUCAAUAUGUGUACGAUGAAAUAAAAGAUGAAUGUGAAAACGCUAUCGUUGAAAAAUAUAAUUCUAAUGCGAAACGUUAUACGAAAGCGCUUACAGCAGUCAGUAUUUGUGGUACAUCUGCUCUUAUUAUCGCACAACUUUGGUCAAAUAUAAUUGAUGUUAUUUUACCGAUAAACAUAUCUCAACCACAUCGCUUGCCGAUUAUGACAGAAUAUUUCGUGGAUCAAGAAAAAUAUUAUAUUUUAAUCUUCCUGCAUUUAAAUGCAGCAUUUUGUAUAGGAGUGGCUGGAAUGGUAUCAGUCGGAACAAUGCUUAUUGCAUAUCUUGAACAUACCUGUGGAUUAUUUCAAAUUUCUAGUUAUCGCAUUAAACGCGCAAUGAGACUCAUUAUAUUACAAAAUAUUAAUCCGAAGAACGAUAUAUUGCUAGAAGAAAUAAAGUAUGCCGUGCAUAUACAUCGGCAAGCUAUGAAAUUAUCCAAAGCUACGGUAUCCAAAUUUGAAGCAAUGUUAUUCUGCUUAAUCACAACAGGAAUAAUAUCACUGAGCCUUAAUCUUUUUCAGAUUUUUCGGAUUGCAUCAAUCGAAGAUAAUAUCAAUGAAAUUAUAAUUCCCUGUAUAUUUGUAUUUAACAGUAUUUUAUAUAUGUUUUGCGCCAAUUAUGUCGGGCAAAAUGUAACAGAUUAUAAUAAUCAUGUGUUUGAUACUGUGUACAAUGUUCAAUGGUAUAUAGCACCCUUGCAUAUACAAAAACUGAUACUAUUCCUGUUACAAAGAGGAACUAAAGCUUUUGACAAUCUAGUAAUUAUUGGUGGAUUGUUUGUAGGAUCCUUAGAAGGCUUUGCCACGUUGGUCAGCGCGUCAAUUUCAUACUUUGCAUUUCUUUAUUCCACAAGACAAUAA